AUGGACGACCACGACCAAGCCGGUCUGCAGCUCUACUCCCUCCCCCAGCACGAAUCGCCUCCUUCGCCAGCCACGAUGACCGCCAAGGCCCCCUCCGCCGCCGCCGCCGCCCAGCCCGUCGUCGUCCGUGCGAAACGGCGGCAGGUGAAGAACGCGUGCACGCACUGCCAAAAGGCGUGCAAGAAGUGCGACGACGCCCGACCGUGCCUUCGCUGCGUCAAGUACGGCGUCGGCGAGGAGUGCGUCGACAGCGUGCGCAAGGAACGCAAGAAGGGCCUCAAGCGCGGUCCCUAUAAGAAGCGCGAUGGCAGCAACAACCCGCUCUCCGGCCAGCACGGCCCUGCGAUCAAGCCAGGGCUCGACGCCGGCGAGCUCCUUUUAUUCCCGCCCGACCACCUCCACCUCCAGCAGGGCCCCGGAUAUGUCUACUACACCUACCCGCCACCCCACGACCACUACUACGCCCACGGCCCGGCGCCCACCCACUACUACUACCACCCCGCCCCAGUCGCCUACGCACCCCGGGAGGAAGGCUACCAGGUCCAGCAGCAGCAGCCGGCCGGCGUCUACUACGCCCCGCCCCCGCCCUACUACGCUCCGCCUCAGCCGUACGCUUACCCCACCCCGGCGCCUGCCAUGCACGCUCAACAGCACGUGCGCGUCGAGCAGGCCCAGUACGCGUACGGCUCGCCCGAGCCACGCCAGCAGCAGCAGCAGCAGCAGUACACGCCGCCGCCGGCUCCCGCUCAAGUCCCGCAGGAGCAGCAGCAGCAGUAUACGCCGCCGCCUCAGCCGGCCCAGGUCCAGCAGCAGCAGGUCUCGCCGCCCCAGUACGGCCACCCCAUGCCCGCGUACGCCCGCGCGCCCGUGCAGGAGGGCGUGCCCCUCGCGCGCGUCAACGAAGUACAGGCCCAGGCGGUGUCCUACGUACAAGAAGGCGUGCCGCUUACACGCGUGCACGAGGUCGUCCAGCCCGCCGCGCCACCCCAGCAGCAGGUCUCGUACAUCCGCGGGCCCGUACAGGACUCUGUCCCGCUCACCCAGGUCCACGCACGCCCCAUGCCCGCCUACGCGCCGAUGCAUGGCAUGCCUGGCCACUUCGUCAACGGCAUGCACGGCAUGAACGUCGCGAUGCCGAUGGAAGGCCGCGCUUAG